AUGCAGGGAUUAAAGAAGAGUUCUUUAUAUGCCUGGCUCAUGCAUCCAAAAAAUAAAGUUAUGGAUGCCUCUUUAGGCUCCUCUGACAACGCUGACAAGAGAGAUAACUCAGUUGAACUGACAUCAGGAACCUAUGAGGACACCAUCUAUGAAAGUAUUGCCCCGAGUGUAUGGACAACAGCAUCCUCUGAAGUACUCUCCAAUGCAAACACUGCCCUGAGUGAAAUGACAGCAGCAUCAUCUGCAAGAUUCCAAAUGGCAAACACUACCUUGACUGAAUUGACAGCAGGAAAACCUACCACUGAUGGACCUACCACUGAAAUCUGUGACCAGAGCAAGGUGAAAAAAGUAACUUAUGCUGAACCCUUCAAUGAAAGCUCUGACUUGUGUAACUUGAGAGGCACUGAUGAAAGUAUAAUAGAAGAGCUGUCCAAGAUUAGUGAUGUUGAUGAAGACAUUGACUUUCUCAAUCCCCAAUACAGCAAGAUAAAGAGAAUUGUGUACUUAAUUAUAUCAUCCUUCACUUUCAGAAUAUUUGCAAUCCUGCUGAUCUUUGUGGACAUGGCCCUCAUCAUCAAAGACAUAAUUUUCUUUAGUGGCACGAUAUAUAUUUCUUUGGAAUCUCGUUUAAUUUCUCUUGCCAUUGCUUUAUUUUUUUUCAUGGAUAUUUCUCUUCGAGUGUUUAUAGAAGGGAUACAACCAUAUUUUUCUGAUAUAUUUAACUCCUUAGAUGCUGCCAUUAUUAUUGUGACUCUACUGGUUGAUAUCACUUAUCUUUUUUAUGAUUUUACACUUACUAAAAUUUUUCCCAGGUUGAGAAUUAUUUUACAACCUGUAAGACUUGUCAUUCUGAUAAGAGUUUUUCAUCUGGCUCAUCAAAAAAGACAUCUUGAAAUGUUGACCAGAAGGAUGGUUUCAGGGAACAAACGGCGGUACAAGAAGGAUGGAUUUGACUUAGACCUCACUUAUGUUACUGAGCGUAUUAUUGCCAUGUCAUUCCCAUCUUCUGGAAAGCAGUCUUUCUACAGGAAUCCCAUUAAGGAAGUUGUGCGGUUCCUGGAUACCAAGCACCCAAACCACUAUCAAGUCUACAAUCUCUGCAGUGAAAGAGCUUAUGAUCCUAAGUACUUCCAUCAUAGGGUCCAUCGAUACUUGAUUGAUGAUCACAAUGUCCCCUCUCUGAGUGAGAUGGUGGCGUUCUCCAUGGAAGUGAAAGAGUGGAUGGCUCAAGACAAGGACAAUAUCAUAGUGGUUCACUGUAAGGGAGGCAAAGGAAGAACUGGAACUAUGGUCUGCGCCUACCUUCUUGCCAGUGAGAUAUUUGCCACCGCGGAGGACAGCCUGUAUUAUUUUGGAGAACGGCGAACAGAUAAAUCCACAAGCAGUAAAUUUCAGGGAAUAGAGACUCCUUCUCAGAAUAGAUUCGUUGAAUAUUUUGCAAUGGUGAAAAAUAUCUACAAUUUGACUCUUCCUCCAAUGAAAAAACUCACCAUCAAAAAAAUCGUGAUUUAUUCGAUUCAUGGUGUUGGAAAAGGCAAUGGACAUGAUCUAAAAGUACAAAUAAUAAUGCAACGAAAGACUGUCUUUUUCUGUUCUGCUUCCAAAAACUGUAGGAUAUUUCAUGAUGCUGAAACAGACAGAGUAAUAAUCUUGCUCUCUAACUGCCCACCUCUGUAUGAUGAGGUAAAAGUGAAAUUUUUCUCUUCUUCGGCUCUUCCUAAAUACUACGACAACUGUGCAUUCUUCUUCUGGUUCCAUAUGUCUUUUAUACAAAAUAACAGGCUUUAUCUAUCAAGAAGUGAAUUGGAUAAUCCCCAUAAAAUAAAAGCAUGGAAAACUUACAGUCCAGAGUUUGCAGUCGAGGUAUAUUUUGAUGACAUUUAA